AUGGACGACGAGCUCCGCUCCCCGUGCUCUAUCUACUUCCCGCCGUCGCCCCCUUCCCAGUUCUCGCCAGCCGACCUCGAGAGCAGCCACCAGUUUCUCGAGUUCGACUCCUGCGAGGUCCCCGAGCAAUGGCUACUAGGCGAUAUCAUGGUGGGAGCCAAGAACGAGGACGGAAACCUAUGGCCCGCGGGGUCCUUGGUCUCCCCGGACUCCGAGCUCCCCGAGCUGCCGCCGGAGAGCCUCUCCGUCUCGACGUCCUCAACGCCGCGGGCGGCGACGAAGCGGCGUGGGCGGAAGCCCGGGCCCCGCCCCGAGGGGCCCCUCGUCAGCCACGUGGAGGCGGAGCGGCAACGCCGCGACAAGCUGAACCGCCGCUUCUGCGACCUCCGCGCUGCCGUGCCCACCGUGUCCCGCAUGGACAAGGCCUCCCUCCUCGCCGACGCCGCAGCCUACAUCGCCGAGCUGCGCGCCCGCGUGGCGCGGCUCGAGGACGAGAGCAAGCAGGUGACCGCCGCGAGGUGGGAGACGAGCGCAGCUUACCGCGGCGGCGGCGCCUCCUUCCAUGACCUCCAUGCUGGCGACGAGGCGGUGGAGGUGCGGAUGGUAGGGCGGGACGCGGCAGCGCUGCGCGUAACGACGGCAGCGGGAUCCGCCCCGCACGCGCCGGCGCGGCUGAUGGGCACGCUCCGGUCGCUGGAGCUGCCGGUGCAGCACGCGUGCGUGAGCCGCGUGCUGGGCGUCACCGUGCAAGAUGUCGUCGUGGAGGUGCCGGCCGCGCUGCAGCAUGACGACGGCGCCGCACUCCGCUCCGCGCUGCUCCAGCGGCUACACGACAGCGCCUAG